ACUGAAGAAUAUUCCUCAUUCGAACUAAAGAAGAUCCCUCACUCUAGGCUGGAUUACGUUCGUAAAAUGUGUGCUUUAAGUUUAUCCAUCAUUAUAUCCACAAGCCUGUUUGCUUUUUGUUUGAUUUGUGAAAAUGCAACCGCAAAUACGGCUCACGAGAAGUCAUACGCCUGCUCGACAGUGGCACUGAUGAAGCUGCUGCGGGUAGAGGAUGAGCUAGUGCGAAACCUAAGGAGCUACGUGGCCAAGCUGAAGUAUAAACACCAACUAGUGAAUCAAGCGUUGAGCAGCAUGCGAGCGGGGGAGAGCCACAUGAAAACAGACUACGAGGCAUACCUGGGGAAUCCCCUGAACAGUUUUGGGCUUAUACAUCGCCUACAUCGAGGUUGGGAGCAACUGGUGCGUUACUCUUCAGAGUCCCAGCAAAAUGAAAGAGGACACAUUAAGCAUGCUCAUCGUAUGCGAAUGCUUCUACCCACUGCCUUGGACUUGGAAGAGGCCUGUCGUGGCAUCGAUAGCCUAGUGGAUAUCUACGAACUGCAGCCGGAAGAUUUAGCCGCUGGUACUCUAGUCGCUGUAGACUCGCAGCCCGCCACCGCCUUGUCCCCCCUGGACUGCUAUGCAUUGGGAAAGUACUGUAGAACCGAACGGAAUGAUAGGCGGGCAGAGGCUUGGUUCAAUGCCUCAUUGGAAAGAUACGAGGACAGGCUUGAGUAUGCCGUCCUUGGCUUCAGCCGAAGAAGAAUUCACUACUCUUGGGGCAUGCUGCUCAUGAAAAGUCAGCAGGAAACUGCCGGCAUGGCACACCUAAACACCGAAGGGGAGGAGGAUAAGUUUUUCAGGGAUGUUAAGAGACACUAUGAUGAUAAAAUGGCGUACAAGCGGGGCUGCAGUGCUGUCUUCAGAGCUCCAGCCCAUCUGCACUGUCGCUACAACAGCUCCACGACAGCCUUUGCGCGCAUUGCUCCACUGAAGAUGGAGGAGCUGAGCCACGACCCGUACAUGGUGCUUUUCCACGAUGUUGUCUACGAGAGCGAAAUCGAUUGGCUGCUGGAUCACACACAGCUGAUGGCAUCUAUGGUGGGUCAGUAUCAGUACUCCCCCAUUCGAACCUCAAAGGAACAGCAUUUCGUUGAAUAUGAGGAUGCAGCAGUGGCCAAUACUAUCCACAGGCGGUUGAUGGACAUGACCGGCUUGAGUAUGAUGGACAGCGAAGCUCUAACACUCAUCAAUUAUGGCAUGGGCGGGCACUAUGACCUGCACUACGAUGGCCACAACUACAGCGAGCAGAAUCGAAUUCUCCUUGGCGACCGCUUAGCCACUGUUCUCACUUAUGUGGGCGAUGUGGACUAUGGCGGUGCCACAACAUUUCCCUACAUCAAUGUGUCUGUCCCGCCCACGAAGGGAUCUGCUCUCUUAUGGUACAACUUGGAGAACGCUGGUGGAAUGAAUGUCAAAGCAAUGCACGGAGGCUGCCCAGUGAUAGUUGGCUCCAAAUACGUGUUUACCAAAUGGGUCAGUGAAAUUCCUCAGUUAUUCUUAACACCCUGCAUACGGAACUAGAAUCUUGAUAGAAAUAAAGCGGAUUCAUUUAAUAUCA